UACACGGCCUCAAGCAAUUCAAAGAUGGCAAUCUUAACCCAUAAUCCGCAGCUGAGGCUACUCAAUGCCCUCAAAAAUAAUGCGAAACCUAUAAUGACCUUUUUGGGACUACCGUCGUUUCGUACCGCACAGAUCGUAGCCCAAACUGGGGUCGAUGGCAUCAUCAUAGAUUGUGAGCAUGGUUAUAUCAGUGAUGAUUCAAUGCACAGUUCUACUGCCGCUAUCGCGGCGCUGGGCGUGUCACCGCUGGUGCGUCUCAGGAUGACCCACUGCGAUUUGAUUAAGAGAGCUCUAGACGCAGGUGCUCAUGGAAUUGUUGUGCCUCAAAUCAAUACAGCCGAGGAAGCAAGAACCAUAGUCUCUUAUUCUAAAUUUCCACCACAUGGACUUCGUGGACAAGGCUCGGCGUUUCCAGCAAUUACCCACGGCAUUGAUAUCCCGACAUACAUACAAACAGCCAAUGAAACUCUCAUUACCUGUCUUCAAAUUGAGUCAAAACAGGGAGUUGAGAAUGUUGAUGAGAUUUGCGCCGUUCCUGGUGUCGACAUGCUUUUUAUCGGACCAAAUGAUCUCGCUCUAUCAGUUCUUGGAUAUGUCCCAGCAAAGGGCGAUGAGCCAGAGUUUGUAAAUGCGAUUGAAAAGAUUGUGGCAGCGGCCAGAAAGCAUGGCAAAUGGGUCGCUCGGUUAUCGAAUGAUGGUACAUUGAGCAAGGAGCAUUUGAAGACCUUUGAUACUGUAGCUCUCAGUUAUGACAUCCGUGCAAUGCAGAACUGGUAUACGGCUGAAUUGAAAAAUGCACGAUCAUAA